CGAUAGUUUUCUUUCUUCUUUUCUAUCUUUUUUGCACAGCUUCAAUUUCUCUACAGAAAACUAUGUCAGCUAAAAAGCAACUCGAUUACAGCAACGACCCUAACAGAGAGAAUUUAGACCUUAUUGUUCGAAAAAAAGCACCGUUUAAUGCCGAGCCAAGACCAAAUGAUCUGGUGAAAAGUUAUAUAACAACCGAAAAGUACUUUUUCUGUCGAAAUCAUGGCCCAAUACCAGACCUUGAUGAAACAAAACAUACCGUCAGUAUACAAGGUAUUGGCUGUAAAGAGCAGACGAUAGAGUUAACUAUGCAGGAUUUGAAAAUGAAUUAUGAAAAGAUAUCUGUAAUGAUGGUUAUGCAGUGUGCAGGAAACAGAAGAGAUGGCCUUCAUAAAGUGAAACAUACCAAAGGUGUGAUUUGGGGACCGGCUGCUUUAGGGAAUGCAAUUUAUAGUGGCUGUAGGUUACGGGAUGUACUUGCCACGAUUGGUGUCACCACAGAGAUACCUAACAUGUCAAAAUUACAUGUUGCAUUCGAGUCUGUGGAACAGUGUGAAGAAGAUAAGUGUUACGGAUCUUCUAUACCGUUAGCAAAAGCUCUCGAUCCAUUUGGAGAUGUUUUGCUAGCCUACGAAAUGAACUAUAAGCCUCUAUCGCGUGAUCAUGGUUUUCCCUUGAGAGUCGUAGUUCCUGGCUAUAUUGGUGCAAGAUCAGUCAAGUAUCUGAAAACAAUUACUAUUCAAGAUUAUGAAUCUAUGUCUUUCUUUCAACGCAGAGACUACAAAAUCUUGCCAGAACAGGUUACUGAUGAAAAACAAGCAGAAACGUACUGGUGUAAAAUACCAUCUAUUGGGGAAUAUAACGUACAAUCAUACGUUUGUGACCCUGCAGAUGGAAUACAUACUAAAAAAGAUAAAGAAGCUCAGAUAGCUGUGCAAGGUUAUGCCCUGUCUGGAGGAGGGAGAAGUAUACAGCGCGUAGAUGUAUCUGGUAAUGAUGGAAAAUCUUGGGUAGUGGCAGAACUCUACCAACCUGGGUCAGACGGUGGUAAUUGUAGAUUUUAUGGAUGGUGUUUAUGGUAUGCAAAAGUCAACGUGAAGCCGGGUGUACGAAUUGUAAGCCGUGCAGUUGACUCCUCGGGAAAUGUGCAGCAGGAAUAUCCAGUGUGGAAUUUCAGAGGAGUGAUGAACAACUCUUGGAGAACGGUGGAGCCCAACGCUGCAGCAGAGCAAGCUCACAUUUAAUUUGACUCUUGCUUUGGAAUUAUUCAUAUCCCGCAAUAAAACUUGAAACUGAACGUUAAAGCAGACUUCUCUUUUCUUAUUCUGUGCACAUUGCAUAAUCUUUGACGCAUUUGUAAUAAGCUGUCGCCACUAUGACACUAAGUGCUC